AUUGAAAAUAAGUAAUAAAUAUCCGAAAUUUUGGAAAAUUUCCCUAUUUUUUCCUUGAAAAUGCUCGUGCUCGAGCAAAUUACUAAAAUGCGUUCUCGCGCAUUUGAGCAAAUGCUCAUCGUGCUGUUGCGCGCAUUUGAGCAUGCCAUCCCUAGUGUCUUAUGUACACCACCCAUAAGACACCUUUCUACAUCCGGUCACAACUGAACUCCUAAGGUCAUUCGUCAUUCACCAGUCCGUCUGGCUUUCUAAGGUCGUCUCUCUGUCUGUCUGUCCUCUCAAGAUGAUUGACUUGUGUGUCUAGGCUCCCAAGGUCAGUCAAUCUAAAUAGUAAAAGGUUAAAGGUCGUAAGAUUCCGACAGACUCGGUGAGACUGAUAGCGAUCCUAGCGAUAAAAAUUGUUACUAAUGGUGACAGCCAAAAUAAGGAAAUAACCUGGCUAAUUUCUCAAUUGAUUCGUGAUUGUGAUAUGAGAAAUUUUUUUAUCAAAAAUUUUUUUCCUAUGGAUGGAGGAAACGUGAAUUUAUUUUAAAAGUUAGUCUCAUUUCAGCGAAUUUUUACGUAUUUUAUCAAUUAAUUAUUGUAAUGUUGACCAAUAUUGACUAACUGAAACCUCGAUUCAUCGCCAUCACCCUCCAGAGUUGAAGUUUCCUUCGCAUUGAAAUCAUAAAUCUUUCACAACAGCAGGUACAAAGUACUCUGAUACUGAAUCCGUAAUCAUGUCGGCGACAUCUCCGUUAAUGGUGCGAAAAAGAGGAGCCAAAGUAAAUCCAAAACAGAAAAAAAUAUUACUACAGUCGAUGGCCGAUAAUCCUUUGAUAUAUUCGCGUAAAAUAACCGCCGAUUUCACCAUUUACCAUCAUAAAGCAUUUUGGCGAAAUAUGUGCGCUGUUUUGAACGUCUUCGGUCCGCCGAGAAAGACGGUCGAGUGUUGGAAAAAGGCUUGGAAAGAUAUCAGAGCUCGAUAUCAGAAAACGGGCAUCGAUUUGAAAGAAAUCAUCAUCAACUCUUCCCAAUGCGAUCAUAUUGUGAUUGAUACGAAACUUUUGUUAGAUAAGGCUGAUCAGAUUUCCACGUUGACCAAAGGAAAAGUUGAUAUUGAGCAAGCUCUUCGUGAAGCUAUUCUAUCCGAAGGAAGUGGUUUCACCGAAUUUUUAUUAGCUGACAUGAACGUAUCAAACAUCAAAGGCAGGCUGUCUUCGCAUGACAAUGUAUCGAAAAUUGAACUCGACGAAAACCGAUCUGUUUUUAAUCUUGUCAACGAGAACGAAGAAAUUGAAAGCGACGAUCUACGUGAUCUGAAAUCGGAAAAAUCCGAUGACGAUGAUUUAUGUGAAAUCGCUUACGAAGAAGUGCUAGAAGAAUCAGAUACAGACGAUGUGAAUUAUUCCGAUAUAACGACGAAUCAUUCUGGCCCAUCAUUAAAAAGAAAAUCAGAUUCGAAACACAACUGUUUUUCAUCAGCUGAUGAAUCCGAAGAAGAAGAAAUAUUAAAACAUAAUUCAGUUAAAAAACCCAAACUGCCAGCUCAAUCUUCAUCAUCAAAUAUGUUGCCUUCUAGUUCGAAUGUUUCUCAUAAGACUGAAUCAAACAACGUGCAGAAUUCUUCUUCGGUGCUGAACGAUCUGCUUGCUGAGUUACGUCAACAUAAUAAAAUCCAAAGUGAGAAAUUAGCGUUUGAUAAAACUCGUUUCGAAACCAAAAAACGAUUACGAGAGCAAUCUCUGGUCGUGAAAAAAGAUUUAGCCGAAGCUAAUAAAUUAUUAGCUAAAAGUGUCAAAACUUUCAUUGAUAAUAUCUCAUUCAACACGUGAUACGUCCUUGAUGGAUCUUCGCAUUCCUUCUUAUUCGAAUGGAUGAUUUGGGAAUUUCUUCCGAAAUGAUGAAUUUUUGUGGUUGUGCCAUCCAAAGGUUCUUUGUACAGUGUCCCAUGUUACCUUAAGAUGGAUAUAUUCUUUUGUUCAUCAUCAUUUGACUUGACGUUGGGUUCGGAUUUACUCUAUUUUGUCCUUGGUUCGAUUUUUAUUGAAGAUGCUGGUUGGUGAAGGUUCGAUGUUGAUGUUGACUGCCGUCCUUUGUGAAUUGUGAUCUUCAUAAAUAUUAUUAGGCUAAUUGGUGUUAUUUUUUUUCAUUUUUUUUUUCAAUUAUCAACUAAGAAUGUACGAAAAAAUACACUUGUUCAUUUUUUUCUUCGUA